AUGUCUUCUUGCGCAGUGGCGAUAUCAAACUCGCCGGCCUUUUCGCCGUCGUCCUCCUCAUCAUCCAUCUGCUCGCCCAACUCUUCUUCCCCGCGCCUCUUUCGGCUCCACAAGCCGAUCGGUGGGCUCAUCAAGGCUUUGGCCGGUGGAUCUGAGUCGUCCGCAGCGGCGACGGCGGUUUUAAAGCGGAAAAGGCCGCCUAGGCUGGAUAUCCCGGCGGUGUCUCUAGGGGAGGAGAAAAAGUCGGCAGCGGCGGCUCAGGAGGAGGUGGUGGAGGCGGAGGGAGAGGGAUAUUCGGUCUGCUGUAAGAGGGGGAAGAGAGAGGAGAUGGAGGAUAGGUACUCUGCUGUUUUAGGGUUUCAAGGUGAUCCCAAGCAGGCAUUCUUUGGUAUCUUUGACGGGCACGGAGGCACAAAGGCUGCCGAGUUUGCAGCCGAGAACUUAGACAAGAACAUUCUAGAACAACUUAAUGCAAGGGAAGAUGAUGACAGCCAAAUCGAGCUAGCCAUUAAGGGUGGUUACUUGACCACCGACUCGGAAUUUCUCAAGAUGGACAUUCGAGGCGGGACAUGCUGCGUGACGGCACUAAUCGCAAAAGGGAAUUUGGUAGUAUCCAAUGCUGGCGAUUGUCGUGCAGUAAUAAGCCGAGAUGGGGUUGCCGAGGCCCUCACUUCCGAUCACCGUCCGUCUAGAGAAGACGAGCGCAACAGAAUCGAGAUGUUGGGAGGUUUUGUAGAACCACGCAAUGGAGUUUGGAGAGUAUUAGGGUCUCUAGCUGUUUCUAGAAGCAUUGGGGACCAAUAUCUUAAACAAUGGGUGACAGCAGAGCCAGAGACUGAAAUCCUUAAACUUGAGCAAGAACACGAGUUCCUUCUCCUUGCUUCUGAUGGAUUAUGGGAUAAGGUGAGUAAUCAGGAAGCAGUAGACAUCGCCCGGCCCCUGUGUAUAAAUGUCGAUAGGCCUCAGCCGUUAUUAGCGUGUAAAAAGCUUGUCGACCUCUCGGUUUCUAGAGGAUCUAUUGAUGACGUAAGCGUGAUGCUCAUCCAACUAGGAAGGUUCCAUUUGAAAGAGAAAAUGUUGAAGAAGGAAGAAGAAAAUUUGAAUUAG